ACAAGUGAUUCUGGAGGAGCGGAUGAGAGACCGUGCUUAUUGUUCACAUCAUUUGCAAAUAGUAAUGAAAAUGAAAAAGACGCGUCUGUGAAUUGAGGUUUUUAAAACACAGGAGUAGAAGGACUUAAGCAAAACAAAACUGCUAAAAUGGAAAUAAAAAUGUCUAAAAAGAAGAACGCACACUUGUAUAGUAUAUGAAGAAGCCGUGCAUACAGUGCGUGAUAUUUCUAUAUAUUUGGAGAAAAUCGCGACACGCUUACCCUCUGUCGGCAUUUGCACGACCGACGCAGUUUGAAAAGAUCUUGUACAUUUUACAAAACAAAUUGUCCAUAUUUGAGAAAGACAAGGCAUGUUUCCUAAGUUUUUCAGCUGGCAUUUUGAUCAGGAUAGCGACUCAUGGGAUGUAGUAUUUGGAGAAAUAGGGUCAACCUUGGACUGUUGAAGGCACAAUCCAAAGUGUCGGUAUUUUUUACCAUGAUCAUUAUUUUCACUUAUUUAUUUUACUGUCUGACAGGAUACUGCGAGACUCUGCCACGACCAAUGUAUGAUCACCAUCCCGCUACCAGCACUAGUAAAAACCACAAUGGACAGAAUGGCUUUGACGUGCAAAACAACAUUUUGGAUGGAGCAGGUUUUGCCAAAAACACGCCGAAUUCACCAGUUAAGACUAACAGAACUUUGCAACGUUCUGGGGCGAAAGCGCUGCCUGGUUCAGACAAACUGCAUUCUGUCCUGCAACAGAUGGGAGACGUGCAAAGGCAUAUUUCUGAUGGGGACAAGGAGCAGUUCCAAGAUGCCAGCAGCAGCAUAUCAGUUUUCAAUAGCUUUGGGAGUAGAAAGUUCCCGCAGGCGAUCAUCAUCGGUGUGAAGAAAGGGGGUACCCGCGCGCUGCUGGAGUUUCUUAGGAUUCACCCCGACGUCAGAGCUGUAGGUGCCGAGCCCCAUUUCUUCGACAGGUUUUAUGACAAGGGGCUGGAGUGGUACAGAAACCUGAUGCCGAGGACGCUGGAUGGCCAGAUCACCAUGGAGAAGACUCCCAGCUACUUUGUGACCAAGGAGGCGCCCAAGCGUAUCUUUAACAUGUCUCGGGAAACCAAGCUGAUCGUGGUGGUGCGCAACCCAGUGACAAGGGCCAUCUCAGACUACACCCAGACCCUGUCCAAGAGCCCAGGCCUGCCCAGUUUCCGGGCACUGGCCUUCAAGAACGCCAGCACAGGGCUGAUCGACACUUCCUGGAGCGCUGUGCGCAUCGGCAUCUACGCCAAGCACCUGGAGAAUUGGCUGCAGUACUUCCCCCUGUCCCGCUUCCUGUUUGUCAGCGGGGAGAGGCUGGUCUCGCACCCUGCCGACGAGAUGGGCCGCGUCCAGGACUUCCUUGGCCUGAAGGGGGUCAUCACCGACAAACACUUCUACUUCAACGAGACCAAAGGCUUCCCCUGCCUCAAGAAGCCCGAGGGCAGCAGUCGGCCACGCUGCCUCGGCAAGUCGAAAGGGAGGCCGCACCCACAGAUCGACCCAGAGGUGGUGCAGAGACUGCAGGAGUUCUACAGGCCCUUCAAUCUCAAGUUUUACCAAAUGACCGGACAUGACUUUGGGUGGGAUUGACUUCUGUUUCCAAUGGCACUUUGAUGGACCUUCUUUAUUGUUUUAAGAAUAAAUAAAUAAUCAAUCAUUCAUCCAAUCAAUGGCUAGCGCCUACUGUUGAGCAAGGAAGCUUUCAAUGUUCUGUUUAAACUAUCUCUUUAUGCAAUGUGAACUUUUAUGUUACCAGUGGCAUCAACAGAAGCUACAGUCUUAUAUAUGACUACCAAGACUUCCAGGGUUUGGGUACAUCACAAGGGGUGUGAAGGGGAUAAGCAGAGGAACUGAUUUCCACACAGUGCAGAAGAAUACAGUCAGGCUGCAUCCCUACAUCUUAAAUAGUCCCCUGUCAUAACCAGUCAAUCAUGCACAUAACAUUUGAAAUAAGAUCAGAUAAAUUCACUGUUGGUUUGUUAUUGAUCUAUGGUUCCUGCCCCAUUAUUAUAAUUAUAAUUAUUAUUGUUAUUAUUAUUAGUAGUAUUAUUAUUAUGAUUAUUAUUUUGUAAUAUUUUAUAAAAAGAAAGGGAUCUCAUAUUUCCAACUCUUCACAAGUGCACGUGAAUACAGGUUUUGGGGAGCCACAGAUGCACUGGGCAGAAAGUAGGAUGUUUUUUUUUUUUUGUUUUUUUUUUAAUUUCAUUACAGUGCUUCUUUAGUAUCUCAGAUGUCAGCAGCAGGCACUUCAAAUCAAUUUUAGGGAGCCACUCAAAUAAAGAGAAGAGGUUUUGUAGUUGGCUUUUUUGAACUUAUUGUACUAUGUAAUUAUACAACUACCCUGGCCAGUAUUUAGAUAUGUUUAGUAUUUAUUUAUUUAUUAUUUUCAUUUUAAUAUUUAUGUUCAAUUCAUCCCCUAAUACAACCCUGGAGUCAUCAAACAGCACCACUCCAUGGUGCUCUACUCCCUCUUAUCCUCCUGGGGCCAUAAAUCCAUUUGUAUAGAUGUCAGGGUUUUCAUUUCUAAUUCAUACAGUACAUGGUAAUGUUACUGCAGGUACAUAAAAUGCACCGUCAACACCUGCAGUUUGUAUAGGUUUGUAUGGGUCCUAAUCUCAAAGCUUUAAUUCAAUGCAGUUUGAUGUUCUUGAAAGCUCUAUACCAGGUUUACCAGCUCUAAUGAAGUAGUUAACUUGUAUAGGUUCUGCAUGGAGGUUUAAUUAAGAACAUGGUCAGGAAGGGUGUGGUUUGCUGAUCCCUCAUGAAUAUCAAGCAUUUUUGUAUUGAUAAAAGCAAGCACAGUCUUUAUAUAAUAGGUGAGCUAAAGCUGUGUGACUAGAGCCCUAUACAUUUCAUUGAAUUAUGUAGAGUAGUAUUCAUUCUUUGUCUUUUUUUUACAAUGUAGUUCCAUGUGUAAAUAAUUCACCCAUUAUGCAGUAUCUGAGUAGUAUAACAUGUAUACUCCAUUUGGGAUAUUUUAGUUUUAGGUAAAGAAACUGCACUUGCAUAGGCGAUGAUAUUGAGCUGCCUAGACAGGUGAAAAGCAGCAAACAAACAUGGAAACACUGCAUUGCCAUAAACAUUAUAAAGUAUUGCUAUGGCAGAUUCAUAAACUUUGAUUUAAUUCAGGCCAAAGUCAGCAGUCCCCAUAACCUGUCAUUAACUGUAAUUGUAAAUGGCUGGAUUAUAAUUUAUAUUGUACAUUUUAUGUAACUGAGGACUAAGGUACCUAAAUUCUACAUGGUCGUUGUUCAUGUAAAAUGACAUUUGUAAUAUUGUUUUCAACAGCAUUUCUUUCAUCUUAUUUACUGCCAUUUCACACUAAUACUGUUCUUUACUGUAUAAAAUAAUUUAUAUAUUAAAAUGAAUACUGUUGCCUGCAUUGAGCAGUAA